AUGGUGGAGCAAGAUAAUGAGUCUUUACAGAAAUUGCUCAAAACACAAUACGAUGCGGUCUUUCACUUAAAGGACGAAAAUGGUAUAGAGAUAUAUCCAAUAUUCAAUGUACUGCCACCUAAAAAAGAAUAUCCCGACUACUACAUUAUUAUAAGGAAUCCAGUUUCAUUAAACACUUUAAAAAAACGAUUACCUCAUUACACGUCGCCACAAGAUUUCAUUAACGAUAUUGCUCAAAUUCCAUGGAAUGCAAUGACAUACAAUGCCAAGGACUCCAUUAUUUAUAAAUAUGCUACAAUACUUGAGUCAUUCAUACAGGGUAAAAUCAUACCGAAUAUAAAGAGGUUCUAUCCAGACGUAAAUUAUCCUUCUUUGGGUCAAAUUCCGGAAGUAUUAGGAGAGAUAACACGACAAUCCGAUUCGAAUUCCGCCAACAUACAUGUGAACGACAAAAGACCUGCAUUAAAUUCAGAGAUAAAAGCAGCUUUCGCAAAACUUGAUAAUUCGAUUAUCGAAAAGAAACAAGUUAGCCAAAAUUACGCGGGACAAAAAAAUUCGUUAGCACUUCCAACACACUCUGCCUCUAUUACGCCGCAGCCGCAUGCUUCCCCCACUCCAAUUGUUAACUAUACAAACGCCAAUACCGCACAUCCCAAAACGCAUGUCAGGCGUGGUAGGCCACCAGUCAUCGAUCUACCCUAUGUAUUGAGAAUCAAGAACAUUUUGAAAAUGAUGAGAAGAGAGGUCGACCAAAAUAAUAAGACCCUUACCUUAUAUUUCGAGAAAUUACCUGAUAAAAAUGAUGAACCAACGUACUAUUCAGUUAUAACAGAUCCCAUCUGCUUAACAGAUAUUAGAAAAAAAGUUAAAUCUAGAAAAUACAAAAAUUUCAAUAAUUUUGAGGACGAUUUUCAGUUAAUGUUAACAAAUUUCAAGCUGUAUUAUUCGCAAGACCAAAGUAAUAUCGUACGAGCUCAGUUAAUGGAAAAAAACUUCAAUAGACUAGUGCGAAUCGAAUUAUCCAAACCUGACGAAGACUACCUGCCUGAAGGCGAAUUGAGGUAUCCUUUGGACGAUAUUGAAAUCAAUAAUGAAAAGUAUCAGAUAGGUGAUUGGGUUCUAUUGUCCAAUCCAAAUGAUAUCAAUAAACCUAUUGUUGGACAAAUUUUCAGGUUAUGGUCAACCACAGAUGGAAAUAAAUGGUUGAAUGCCUGUUGGUAUUUUAGGCCAGAACAAACUGUUCAUCGAGUUGAUAGAUUAUUUUACAAGAAUGAGGUUAUGAAAACUGGUCAAUAUAGAGAUCAUCCUAUUCAGGACAUAAAGGGAAAGUGCUAUGUUAUCCAUUUUACGAGAUUUCAGCGCGGAGAUCCUAGCACGAAAGUCAAUGGUCCUCAAUUUGUUUGCGAGUUUCGUUAUAAUGAAAGUGAUAAAGUUUUUAAUAAAAUCAGAACUUGGAAAGCUUGUCUACCAGAAGAGCUUCGUGACCAGGAAGAAUCCACAGUACCUGUCAAUGGAAGAAAAUUUUUCAAAUACCCUUCUCCAAUAGCCGAUUUAUUAUCACCAAAUGCUACUUUGAACGACAAAAUCCCAGAACCCACAGAAGGGGCUCCAACAGCCCCGCCUUUAGUGGGCGCUGUAUAUUUAGGUCCCAAAUUAGAGAGAGAUGACCUUGGAGAAUAUUCGACUUCUGAUGAUUGUCCACGGUACAUAAUAAGACCAAACGAUCCACCAGAAGAGGGCAAAAUUGAUUAUGAGACAGGAACAAUAAUCACCGAUAGUCUGACGGCAAGUGGUAUGCCCAAAGUAAACAGUUCUUCCACAAUACGCCUACCAACUUUGAAGCAGACAAAAGCAAUUUCCAAUUCGAAUUUCAAUUCUUCAUCAAGUAUCCCACUAUUAAAUCAGAAUUUCGAUCAACCUUCCAAUUUUUUGAAGUUGGAGAACAUAAAUAAUGGCUCUCAUAGUUUAUUGUCGCAUCCCUCUAUUUCUAAAUUUCAAUCCCCAAGUUUGAUAGAACAAGUUAACCGCUCCAAGUACUAUACCGGGAAAAAGCACACACACACGUCAUCAACAGCUCCCAUGAAGCCGGCGUCUAAGAGUUUCACGUUAGCCUCAAUGAUCAAUAGCUUAACUGCUCAUACCUCGAAGUAUAACUUCAAUCACAUUGUUAUUGAAGCUCCCGGUGCAUUUGUAAUCCCUAUCCCAAUGCAAAAGAAUAUAAAUUCCAUACAAGUGACAGAACAUUCUAAUAGAGCAAUAACAAAAAACGCUCAAAACAUCGGCACAGCUGUCAUCGAUGAUAUGAAUGCAACGAAUGAGCAAAUAAUAUGGUUCAAAGGUCCUGGUGUAAAGAUCACGGAAAGAGUCAUAGAUUCCGGAAAUGACUUAGUGCGAGUACCUUUGAAUAGAUGGUUCUGUAAAAAUAAAAAGAGAAAAUUGGACUAUGAAGAAAUUGAAGAAGAUAUUAUAGAACAACCCAAUGACAUUAGUGAUGAUGUUAUUGCCAGUAUUUUCAAUCCUCCAUCCAAUUUAAGUUUAGAUAUGGAUUUGAAUUUAAGUCCGUCUUCAAAUAAUUCUACCAAUUUUAUGGAUUUCAGCACAAUGGCAGGUGGUGAGAAUGAUGGAAAAGAAAGUGAAACCGCUGAGGAGAGUGAAGAUGAGAAUGAAGAGACUGAUGACGAGCCCGAAAUAGAAGAUAUUCCAACGACCUCAGUUUUCGGCUUGAAUUCAUCUGCUGAAUACCUUGCAUUUAGAUUACGAGAACUUAAUAAAUGA